AUGACUUCCUGGGACACCUUCACGGCUUUUGGUGGCAAGCUGAACCCUUCCGCUCUCCAGGCCCGCGAUUGGCAACUGUCCGACGAUGGUCAAGCCAGUGCCUGCUUCUUCACAGAGUGGAUCCAGGGCCUUAGACUCUCGCCGGCCAACUAUGGCAUUCCACCGAACAGGGUAAACGACGUGAAUAGGCUUCUGGAUGCUUUCUUCCCUGUACCGGCUAAAGGGGACCGGAUUUUACCUACACGAAUCAAGUCGGAAUCUGGUUUCCCAGAUUCUCUGCGGAAAAUCGUACCUGCCAAGGUCGGAUUCGGUCCAAGCAACAUUUUGGUCCCAAUCUCGGAUGCGCCAAAUGCACUAGGCUACAUCUUCAGUGUAGCAAAUCCACCCAGUAUGGGGAAUCCUACAUUCGAGAGCUAUUAUCUUCCCCUUGGUGUCUUUUAUGCGUGGUUCUUGUAUCUCGCAUUUGUGCGUCCUUCUUCGUCGCCGACCUCUGUCAUCACCAAUGUUCCAGCCGACGCAUGUCUGAUGUACCUACCCAGCUCCUUCGGCUCGUCCCGGCCGAUCUUUUUCCUUGGCGCGACAUGGUCUGGCUCUGAUCCUGCAGAUGCCAAUGCCGCAGCGGGGAAGGAGAAUGACGAGGCGCAGAUGGAUCUGUGGAGAUGGAGUCAGCUUAUUCAGCCGGCUUUAGGGCUGAAUCCGACUGCUCAUGUGCCGGAUUUGACACCUAGCGUAAGACGCGUUGCCGCUCGGCGCCUCAACGAGUACAUACUUGGCAAAAACAAGUUUAAUCCCACUGUAACGCCAUUUCUCAGCCCCCUUUUUGAUGGUAUCUUGCCCGAGGUUCCUGGAGUGGAUGACACUGGACUGAGAGAAUUCGUCCUGGGCUUAUCGCUUCUCGUCAAGGCUGACGCAAAACAGCCAUUGGGCGUGACGGUCGAGCCCGACCUCCUCAUCGCACAUGCCAAAUUAGGUCCUCAGCUGAUGGAGUUGCUGUUAGCCUUUGUGGAUUCUUUGACGACCGUAACUGAUCCGACCCAGUUAAUCACAAAGGCCCAGAAGCUCGUUCAAUUCUACAUCACACCCCAUGUUUUUACUCCAAUCAACAACGUGGAGCUGCCGCUCGGCCCACAGUCCAAAGUGAUUCUGGGCCCCUUGGCGCUUUCACUACCCGGCUUACUGCUCCCGAAAAUCAUUCAGAAGCUUGAAAGUUUGCGCUGUCAUCUUCAUCAUGAGUACGAAAGUAAUGAUGAUCAGAUAAGUCCAAAAUUCUUUGGUGAAUCACUCCCUAUAGCUCGAAUGUCUGGUCUUCAGGGUGCCAAGCUUUGCGUCCGCACUCUUGGUCAAGCAAUUGCAAGCGAUGCCUUUGCUCAGUCCUUUUCCAGCACCAGUUUGGACAACGCCUCCUUCCAGAAUAUUAAAGGCCAGUUGACUCAAACUCCCGUACUGGCACCUCCCAACCUGGACAGUCGAAUUCUGCUCCAACAGGCUCAGAUGCGAGGCGACGACUCGUUUGCCAACUAUAGUGCGGAUAUCAAAGCGGCCUGUCCGAAGACAUUUGGUUUGUGGUCAUAUUUGAAACUGUGA